AUGUCUCUACUCACCCUCCCAACCGAACUCCUCUCCCGCAUCGCAAUCCACCUCCUCCCAUCCCCACAAGACCUGAACUCUCUCGCCAAAGCAUCCAAACUCCUCUACACAAUCACCAACCCAAUCCUCUACAACCACCAAAUCGCCCACCAAAACAGCACAGCCCUAAUAUGGGCCUCCAAGCACGGCAAACCAGCCCCCUGCACCCGCCUCCUGCACCAAGGCGCAAACCCCAACACCCAAGAUGCCCAGAGCAGAACGCCGCUUUCAUGGGCCGCGGCAAACGGCCACAGAGAGCUCGUUUCAAUCCUCCUCUCCUCGGACAAAAUAGAUCCGAAUAUGCCGGACGCGCAUCUCCAAACACCGCUCGUCUGGGCAGCAGGACACGGCCUGUAUUCGCCGUUCAGGGCGUGGAAGUCGCCUAGCCCACCAGGCGCGGAUGCGGAUGGGGAUACCGUGCAUCCAAAUACAAAGGCAGCAGAGUACCUCGCCAUCGUGAAACUGCUCCUCUCCACAAGAGCCAUCCAGCCCGACCGCCGCACCCAGCGCGGCGAAACACCCCUUGCGCUUGCCGCAGCGGCCGGCGCAGAAGAUAUAGUCGAGGAGCUCCUUGGCACUGGAAAAGUAAAUGCAAACAGCAGCGAUAAAUUCGGGCAGAGCGCGCUCAUGGCGGCAGCUAGAAGCGGACAUGUGCGGAUCGUCACGCGCCUUCUGGACGAAGGCGUGGACCCGGACGCGCGAUCGAGCAGCGGGGAUAGUGCGCUCCUAGCUGCGGCGCGGAACGGACAUGCAGCCGUCGUGAAAGUUCUUCUUGCACUUCGCACCGUGGACCCAGAGCAUGAGCCCUCUUUCGGAGACCGGGCGUUGGUGGAGGCUGUUGGGGCUGGGCAUGAGGAUGUGGUGAGACUGCUUUUGUCUAGCGGGAGGGUUGAUCCGGGCUUGUCGAGUAAACGGGGGGUUACGGGUCUUGGGAGGGCUGCGCAGCGGGGGCGGACGUCGAUUAUGCGUUUGUUGCUUGAGAGGGGGGUUGAGGCUGAUGGGGCGGACGGGGAGGGGAGGACGCCGGUUAUGAUUGCUGCUGAGAGGGGGCAUGUCGAGGUCGUUAGGCUUUUGCUUUCGACGGGGAGGGUGCGGGCUGAUUUUGAUUUGGCGGAGCUUCAGAGGGGUAGGGAGUCUUUUUUUGCACGGGAGUUGAAUGGGGAUGUGGUUAGGGUGCUGGAUGAGUAUAAGAGGCGUCGGGGUGGCUCGUUGGAUUCCUAG